AUGGCCAUCGCGACUAACGAGAAGAACAUCUGGGUCGCCGCCGGCGAUGGCGACUUGGUCCGAGUGAGAGUGACGGUAUCUCCUAAUGCACCGGAUGCUAACACCUACACACCCAUGCAUGCCGCGGCCUCAUACGGUCACACCGACGUUUUAGCUUACUUGAUCUCACGAGGCGGCGACGUGAACGUCACGGAUGAAGACGGGGACACGCCGAUAUACACCGUCGAGAAUCUGGAGACCGCUCGCUUCCUCGUAGACCACGGAGCACACGUCUCGAGAACCAACCGAGAGGGCGUUUCGCCGGCUGACCAUGUGCGGGAGGACUUCCCGGAGAUAGCCGAUUACCUCGAGCGCGUCGUCGCGUCGGCGGGGGCGAUUGGCUCGGACGACGGAGGGCCGCUGCCCGCGCCGCCGCCCGCUCCUCUUCCGUCGCAGCACUCGCAGAACGUCCGCUCGGAGGCGCUCACGUCGACGCUCAUCGCGGAGGCGCAGGAGAUUAUGGCGAGGGCCGAGAGGGAGGGCACGGAUCCGGACGCGGAGCUGAGGGAGGCCGUGUCCCGCACCGUCCUCCAGGGCAUGGUGGAUGGCUAUCGGCUCGGGUCCGAUGCGGGCGAGGAUCGGCGUGCGCCCCCGGAGGAGGCGGAGGCUAAGCGGCCGCGCCCGGAUCAACGAGGGUCGUAA